AUGGCCACGAAAGUAGACAGCAGGUCUGGGGGAUUCACUAGCAAUAGCUGUGAGUCAGUCGCAACCCGAGAGCAUGUGCAGGCUGUGAGCCGAAACUACAUCACCCACCCCCGUGUCACCUACAGGACCGUGUGCAGCGUCAAUGGGCCUCUGGUGGUGCUGGACCAGGUCAAGUUUGCCCAGUAUGCAGAGAUUGUCAACUUUACCCUCCCGGAUGGGACUCAGAGGAGUGGCCAAGUGCUUGAAGUGGCUGGGACCAAAGCCAUUGUUCAGGUGUUUGAAGGGACCUCAGGGAUCGAUUCCCAGAAGACCACCUGUGAAUUCACAGGGGACAUCCUUCGGACUCCUGUGUCAGAAGACAUGCUGGGUCGGAUUUUCAAUGGCUCUGGCAAACCCAUUGACAAAGGGCCUGUUGUCAUGGCAGAGGAAUUUCUGGACAUUAAUGGCCAGCCCAUCAAUCCCCAUGACCGAAUCUACCCUGAGGAGAUGAUCCAGACCGGAAUCUCCCCCAUUGAUGUCAUGAACAGCAUUGCCCGUGGCCAGAAGAUCCCCAUCUUCUCUGCAGCUGGGCUCCCCCACAAUGAGAUUGCUGCCCAGAUCUGUCGCCAAGCUGGACUGGUGAAGAAAUCCAAGGCUGUGCUGGAUUACCAUGAGGACAACUUCGCCAUUGUCUUCGCAGCCAUGGGGGUGAAUAUGGAGACAGCCAGGUUCUUCAAGUCAGAUUUCGAGCAGAAUGGAACCAUGGGAAAUGUCUGCCUCUUCCUGAACUUGGCCAAUGACCCUACGAUUGAGAGGAUCAUCACCCCUCGUCUGGCACUGACCACAGCUGAGUUCCUUGCCUACCAGUGUGAGAAGCAUGUGUUGGUCAUACUGACUGACAUGAGCUCCUAUGCAGAGGCUUUGCGGGAGGUCUCAGCUGCCAGAGAGGAAGUGCCAGGGCGCCGUGGCUUCCCAGGAUAUAUGUACACAGACUUGGCCACCAUCUAUGAGCGAGCCGGCCGUGUGGAGGGUCGUGGUGGCUCCAUCACGCAGAUCCCCAUUCUCACCAUGCCCAAUGACGAUAUCACCCACCCCAUCCCAGACUUGACUGGCUUCAUCACAGAGGGACAAAUUUAUGUGGACAGACAGCUACACAACCGGCAGGUCUAUCCCCCCAUCAACGUGCUCCCUUCCCUGUCACGACUGAUGAAGUCGGCCAUAGGCGAGGGCAUGACCAGGAAGGACCAUGGAGAUGUCUCCAACCAGCUGUAUGCCUGCUACGCCAUCGGAAAGGACGUGCAGGCCAUGAAAGCGGUGGUGGGGGAGGAGGCACUCACUUCGGAGGAUCUGCUCUACCUGGAGUUUCUGCAGAAGUUCGAGAAGAACUUCAUCACCCAAGGUCCCUACGAGAACCGCACCGUGUUCGAGUCGCUGGACCUGGGCUGGAAACUGCUGCGCAUCUUCCCCAAAGAGAUGCUGAAACGCAUCCCGCAGAGCAUGACGGACGAGUUCUACUCCCGCCAGGGGGCGCAGCAGGACCCCGCAUCCGACACGGCCCUCUAG